CCUUUCCCUCCCUCCAUGGGCCGCAGCGGAAGCCCGUGCUGCUUCCUCCUCCUCCUCCUCCGCUUCUCGGCUCCUCCUCCUCGUCGGCGCCGCAAAAUGGCGGCCGGAGCCGGGCCCCUCGAGGAAGGAGGCCUACCUUUCUCCUCCGCCUCCUCGGCGCCGCCGCCUCCUCCUCCGCCGCUCCCGCCUUGCUCCAACUCGAGGCCCGAGGCUCCGGGGCCUGGUGCGGCGCAGAACCGGGGCGGAGGCAACCCGCGCCUCCCGGGGGCCUCGUCGUCGCCUCCUCCCGCAGCCUCGGCGCCUUCUUCUUCAUCGCCGCCGUCGCCGCCUCCUUGCUCUCCGCCGCCGCCCUCGGCCUACAACUGGCAGGCCACGAAGCCGACGGUGCUGGAGCGCAUGGCCUUCCUCUUCAACAACGAGGUGCUCAGCGACGUCCACUUCGUGGUCGGGAAGGGACGGAGGGGCGCCCAACGCCUCCCUGCACACAGGUUUGUGCUGGCGGUGGGCAGCGCAGUCUUUGAUGCCAUGUUCAACGGAGGGAUGGCCACCUCUUCCGCCGAGAUCGAGCUCCCCGACGUGGAGCCGGCCGCCUUCCUGGCUUUGCUGAAGUUUCUUUAUUCUGAUGAAGUCCAGAUCGGGCCCGAGACCGUUAUGACGACGCUCUACACGGCAAAGAAGUACGCAGUGCCGGCUCUGGAAGCUCACUGCGUGGAGUUCCUGAAGAAGAACCUGCGGGCGGACAAUGCCUUCAUGCUUCUGACCCAGGCCAGGCUCUUCGAUGAGCCCCAGCUUGCAAGCCUUUGCCUGGAGAACAUAGAUAAGAACACGUCAGACGCCAUCAACGCCGAAGGCUUCACCGACAUUGACCUGGAGACGCUGGUUGCGGUGCUGGAGCGGGACACGCUGGGGAUCCGAGAGGUGCGGCUCUUCAACGCCGCGGUCCGGUGGUCGGCGGCCGAGUGCCAGCGCCAGCAAUUGCAGGUGGUUCCCGAAAACAAGCGCCAGGCCCUGGGCAAGGCCCUGGCUCUCAUCCGAUUCCCGCUCAUGACUAUCGAGGAGUUUGCCGCCGGUCCGGCCCAGUCGGGGAUCCUGACGGACCGGGAGGUGGUCAGCCUCUUCCUCCACUUCACCGUCAACCCCAAGCCCCGGGUGGAGUUCAUCGACCGGCCCCGGUGCUGCCUGCGGGGCAAGGAGUGCAGCAUCAACCGGUUUCAGCAAGUGGAGAGCCGCUGGGGCUACAGCGGGACCAGCGACCGCAUCCGGUUCUCUGUCAACAAGAGGAUCUUCAUCGUCGGGUUCGGCUUGUACGGCUCCAUCCACGGCCCGACGGACUACCAAGUCAACAUACAGAUCAUCCACACGGACAGCAACACGGUCCUGGGGCAGAACGACACGGGCUUCAGCUGCGACGGCUCCUCCAACACGUUCCGGGUCAUGUUCAAGGAGCCCGUGGAGAUCCUGCCCACCGUCAGCUACACGGCCUGCGCCACCUUGAAGGGCCCCGACUCCCAUUACGGCACCAAAGGCCUGCGCAAAGUGAUCCACGAGUCUCCGGCGACGGGAGGCAAGACCUGCUUCACCUUCUGCUACGCCGCCGGGAACAACAACGGCACUUCGGUGGAGGACGGCCAGAUCCCGGAGGUCAUCUUCUACACCUAGAUCUGCGCUUGGCCUGCGGAAGACCUUUCCCAACGGACUAGAGAGGGGCCAAUCUUCCCUCCCUUUGGAAGACAAUCAGGUUAUGGGCCUCGCCGGGUUCGCGCAGACCCUCAAAACACUGGGCUCUCGGUACCGUUCUGCUGCUGCUAACUACGAAUAAUAAUAAUAGUGCAACGUAACAAUGCAUUUCCCUCGUUUUGUUUAUUUUGAUUCCCCCUUCCCUCUAUUGUUGAUUGUUGUUUUGAACCGUGAAUAAAUCCCCUGGGCUUUCAAAGUG